AUGCAGUAUCAGCAGUCUUGUUAUGAUUUCACUUCAUCAUUACCCUUUUGCAUAACAGCGAGUGGGUGGGGCUGUAGGCUAUAUUUAAGGUGGGAAACGAAAGUGUUGUACAGAGAAUGGCUUCUGCCUAUCAAUCUGAUGAGGAAAAGUCCUCUAUAAUUGAAUCGCACAAAGAAGACUCUUCUGAAGGGGAAUCUGACACCAGUGAGGCGUCUGACAGUGGCGGAGAUUCAGAUGGAGAUGAUUUUCAGUUGAAUUGCAACGGGCCCUGCAAGUAUUACAACAAAGGCCGGUGUCGUGAUGGUGAGCGGUGCCCUUACCAGCACGUCUGCCAGUUUGCCCUGACAGGAAGCUGUCGCUAUGGGUCCAAGUGUAAGCUGAACCACCCCACAGGCAGUGGGGAGUCCUCGGGGGAAAGCAACAGGGCUUCAGGCCGAUCUAGGUCAAGUGGUGAAGAAGAUCCAAAGCUCACUGAUGGUAGAUGCUACCAGUGGCAGCUGAAUGAUGGAAAUGGUUGGAAGGAUGUUGCUAAUGAUCACAUUCUUGAGGCCCAGUACUCUCUGCCUCACAGCAAAAGCAUUAAAAUAUACAACACACCAUACGGGGCAGUGAUUAUAGAUUAUAACCGGAUGAGAGCGCGUGGAAGCGGUCUGAGAGUGAGACGUUUGGAUGAUGGAAACACUGUGUGGAUCUGGUACUGCACUUUAGGUCGAAAGUGGAUCAAGUAUGGAGACAAGGACUCAAAGGGAAAGCCCAGUCCUGUGAAGAACUCGGACAUUGAGAACAAGUUCCAGAGUAACCCAACAAGCUCUUUCACUUUCAACGUUGGUGCUAAAACCUUUGAGAUUAAAUUCAGAGAAAUGCGGCAGGUGACCACAAACAAAAAGAGAAAAGUAACUCGUCGACCACUGUACCAACAGUCCGCAGGAGCAGGAGUUAUUCAAGCAGCGUCACAUUUCCAGAAUCUUUCUUCGGGCUCCAAACCACAGUGGCAGUUUGAGGGAAACAGUGGAGCGUGGCAUGUGUUCAAACACAGGAAUGGAACGUCAACUGAAUGCUCGGUAACCGGUGAUGACAUUGAGAGGAAGUACCAGCUAAACCCCCAAGGCAGCAUGCUCUUCAAUGUGAAGGGACAGCGAUACACACUAGACUUUGCAGCGAUGACCCAAACCAACCUGAAGACGAAACACUCACGCAAGAUCAGACGUGUGCUGGUGUGAAAGUUAAAGGAGGUUUUGAAGACCUCAAGAAGGAAAUCGAGAAAACAAUAGUGCAAUACCAUAUUUAUACAAUCAUUUCAAUGUGAGAUGUGUUUAUUUGGGGUACUUAAAGCAAACUGAAUGGUUGUCUUUUAUUUGCAUGGCAGAACAUUGGCCUCUUUAUGGGGAAUUGUGUUUACUUAAGAAAUUAUUCAGGAUAAGAUAGACUGAUGCCAAAGCAGGUUCUUUUUUAAAGUUUGGAUUGUGCCUUUAAGUAUACCAGCUCACCUAAAUGCUGAUACAAGUUUGACCUCAGAUUAUGUACUUAACAUACUUGCCUUUUGCAGAAUUUUAGAAACAAUGUAUAAAUUCAUACUGCCAUACUAUAACAUGACAUUAUAUAUUUUAGCUUAACAGGAAAAACACUGCUGGAAUUAUAUAUUUCAUGUUUCAUAUUACAAAUCAGUAGUUUCUGCCAUAUCUGUACACACUGCCUGUUAUUACAAUACAAUUGAUUGGUUUGGAUAUAUGUCUAAUGCAAAUUCAAGGUAAAUAAUUCAUAUUACCUUUUUUAAGUGUUUUGCAUAAUGCAAUAUAAAUAUGUAAUUCAUUUUGCUCAAUAGUCACACUCUAUUGGAUCUUAAGGUUUAAUCUACUUCAUACAUAUGCAAUUUCCUUUUGAACCAAUGUGAUACACAUACAUUGCAACAUGUUAAUGUUGUGGAACAAAACUUCAAACUUCUUCAAUAAAUAAUUGAUCUAAUGUAA